CAAUAACGCAAAAUGGCAGCCUCCAUGAAUUUUUGUAAUUUUUUGCGAUAUUUUAGUUGAUACAGCGUCGUUUUAACUUAGAGACAACUAAAUUUUUGAAAGUGAUUAAAGGGGAAAAAAGUGUCAUAAGACUGAGAUGAAUUCUGCCAAAGCUCCCAUAAGCCAGCACAGAAAAAAAAAAUAUGUGUUUAAAGAAAGAGAAGCACCAUUUCCUGUGCCAAUAGCAUCGAUUACAAGAGAGACACCAAGUGAAAACUACUGGUACCAUUAUACAGGUCAGAUACAGGGAGGCCAUGUAAUUGUUACUCACUCUGGUGAUAUUUCCUACCUCUAUAGAAUGGGUUAUUUUGGAAGAGGCCUGAUGUCUAGGGGAGCACCUGCUGUAUACAAGGAUCUGCCGUAUGUUCACCUUCCAUCUGCUGGGUUGGAGGAGCCUGAUGUUGUACAUGUAAUGAGGAGAAGAAUGUAUCUCAAACAUAUGAAAUGGAGAAAGGCGCAUGACAUAAGAUUGUCAAGUAAGGAGGGUGAAGAUGAUUCCAACAGACAAUCUGUUGCACCUGAAGAUGAGGAAUACAACAGUGAUGUAGAAUAUUUUCAUCCAGAUUACGUGCAUGGAGAUGAUAUGAAGUCAGAUACUCCUCAUCUGAAAACAACUUCUGUGAGAGAAAAUAUUCCUGGUACUUCUUCAGCUGUUAAUGAUACUGACAUUUCUGGGCAACAGAAUAAUAAUUUGGCCUUGAAUGCCGACUCAGCCAAUCAAAAAUCUUCUCUUUGGUCAUGGAAUGAGGAAUUAUCCAAUCAGAAAACCAGCAACGACUUUUGGGAUAACUCAACAGCCAAUGAAAAAGGAGCUACUGAUGCAUGGGAUAAGAUGGAAGCUGAUGAAGACUUUUGGGCAAGUGGAGAUAUGCCAGAUGAUAAAGAUAAAUCCAAAGAAAAUAGCAAACCUGUUGAAGGGGAAACUGUAUUUAAUAAUGCAGACUAUUGUAAUGUUCCAAAUGUUGCAAAGAAGAGAGAUCAAGAUGACAUUGAUGGUCCACUUGAAGUACCCGUUAAAAAAGUAAAAUUGUCUAAUGAAAUAAAUGAUGCAGAUGACUCAGAAAAAAUUAAUCAGUCAAGUUGUCAGUCAUUACCUCAAGGAUAUGCACUCACAGAUGAUGGAAGUAAAAGCGAAUGUCCAAGUAAUCAGAAUUAUAGUGUAACUAAUGAUACGAAAGUCAGUGAAAGUAAGGUUCUUGAAGGAGAAAGUAAAGAUGUUGUAGAAAGAAUUAAAGUUGAUGAACAAAAUAUAGAAAGAACUAUAAUUGAGGAAAAUGAUGGUCAUGUAGAAAGAAAUAAUGAAAAGGGAGCAUCAGACAAUAGUGAAAAUGCUGAAAAAAAUAGUGAAUCACACAUUGACAAAACAAAUUUAACAGAGUCAUUACCUAUUCAUCCUUACUGUAGACAAGACGAUGAUGAUGAUAAAGAUGAUGAGACUGCAGUAGCAGGUGAUGAAUUUCUUGUGAUAGAUGACUCUGAUAUAGAUGACAGCACAGAAAUAGUGCACAGAAAGGAAAAAUAUACCUGGACACCUAUCAGGAAGAAAGAAAUAUUUAACUUCAAUGAACCACUAGUGUUGAGUUUUGAAGAGGCAUAUUUCCUGUGCUAUGGUCUUGGUUGUUUUACGGUUCAAGAUGAGAAAGAGACCAGUCUUACGCUAACCGAUCUCUGGUGUAGAUUUUGUAACAAGCAGCAGUUUCUGCCCAGAUAUGUAGCAUAUCAUUACUUCCGGAGUAAAGGAUGGGUUCCUAAACCAAGCCUGUUGUUUGGAACAGACUUCAUUGUGUACAAAGUCGGACCAGAGUUUUACCAUGCAUCUUAUUCUGUGAUUGUGAAGACAGUUUACGAAGGUACAUUUGAAGAAGUGGAGGGUUACAACAGCAGGAAGUUAAACUGGACAAGUAUCUUUGGUCUCAACAGAGUUACAGAACAUGUUGCCAAGACUCUGGUAUACUGUUACGUAAUCAUGCCGAGGGAUCUAAGUGAUGAAGAAAGAAAAUCACCGGAAUGUAUAGCAAGGUUUAAAGUUAGGUUACAGACAGUGCAGAGAUGGGUCUCCUCUCAAGAAAGAGAUAAGGACAAAGUUGCAGAUGAUAUAACAUGAAUUCUAUUUUUACUGGAAAAAUAGUAGACAUAAUAAAAUUUGAUAUUUUAAA